UUUAUGUUAAAUUAAGUGCCUUAAGAAUUGUUACAAUCAGUUAUGUGAGGUUAGUUAAGAAAAAGCUCAGAAAGUGUUGUAGUAUUAAGAAUUAGGAGCUCUCGGGCCCAUGGCGUCGGCAAGAUGGGCAAAUGUCAUGGUCUCCGUACUGCCAGGAAGCUCCGCAGCCACCGCCAGGACCAGAAGUGGCAUAACAAACAAUACAAGAAAGCUCACUUGGGCACAGCCCUGAAAGCCAAUCCUUUUGGAGGUGCCUCUCAUGCCAAGGGAAUCGUGCUGGAAAAAGUAGGAGUUGAAGCCAAUCAGUCAAAUUCUGCUAUCAGAAAAUGUUGUGUCAGGGUGCAGCUCAUCAAGAACAGCAAGAAGAUCACAGCUUUCGUCCCCAAUGAUGGUUGCUUGAACUUGAUUGAAGAAAACGAUGAAGUUCUGGUUGCUGGAUUUGGUCGAAAGGGUCAUGCUGUAGGUGAUGUUCCUGGAGUCUGCUUUAAGGUUGUUAAAGUCUCCAAUGUGUCCCUUUUGGCCCUGUACAAAGGCAAGAAGGAAAGAUCAAGAUCCUAAAUUUUGACAGUGGAAGCACAGUAAUAAAUUUUCCUAUUCUGAGAAAAAAAAAAGAAUUAGGAGCUGGGCGAUGGUGGAACAUACCUUUAAUUUCCACUUGGGAGGGAGAGGCAGGUGGAUCUCUGAGUUAAGGCUAGCCAGGUCUACAAAGCAAGUUUCAGGAUAGCUAGGUCUGUUAUACAGAGAAACCCUGUCUCAAAAAACCAAAGCCAAAAGAAAAAAGGUAUGUAUAAAAUAUUGGAGAUGACAAUAUGAAAUUAAUUUUUGGUGGUCUUUGGCUUAACAGAAAAUGUUAAAAGAAUCAUGGCUCUUUAAAAAAAUUUAAACACAAAAUGAUAUUUUACUUGAGAGACGUUUUAAUAUUUGUUUCUAAUGUUUUUUUACAUAUGGUUAUAUUUUUAUUAGUGUAUAAUGACUAUCUUAGAUUUUGCUUCAUAAUACAAUGAAUGAAUUUUGAUAUAUGUGAGUAAGUAGUAGUUUAGCCAAUAACCUAUUUUACUAUUUUAUUUAGGGUGGGUUUUACCUAGCUUGUUCAAAACUCUUAUCUAGCAACUAGAGAAGUAUUCAUACACAUCUAAUCAGAGUAGCGACUCCAUUGAGUGAAUGCCUAUGUCAUAAUUAGUUAAGCUAAAUAAUGUUGGUAAAGAAAAAAAAUGUUAUUGAUUAGUUGCUUCUUGGAGUAGUUUUUCUAAUGUCUUUAUGCAAAAAAA